AUGGGGGAGCGGGGUGGCGGUUGGGACAGCGAUAGCGACGAGACAGUCGUGGAGGGCUCGGUGACAGAGAGCGAUGUGGAGGGAGAGGAGCUCCACAGCAGGAGGUUAUCUUUUGUUAGUAAGGAUGUGUCUUUAACAACUACAGUAAGAACUGAUGAAGGAACCCCUUCUCCAGAGAUCUGUUUUAUCCAUAAAGUUCACGAUCAUCCUUACGCUUUGAAGGAAGAAAAACAGAUAAAUCUAAUACCUCAGGAGAUGAAUACAUCUGACCAAUCUCAGUCUCUACUGCAGGGCUGGAUAAACUGUCCUUCACUUUCUGAAAAUAUUUCAGAGCCUGUUUUUUCACUAAAUGCUGCAGUGGAGGGACAGCAAAAUAAUUCUCUAGAUUUAAAUAUCAAAGUGGUUGGAUAUCUGAAAGAUUCAGAGGAUAAGAAAUUAAGUGAUGAAGAUCUCUCUCCAGAAACAAGCCUGUGUCUAGAUGCAUUUCUGGAGAAGCUAAUAAUGGUUCCAAAAGAUCAGACGCUGCAAUUUCCACGUGUUUUGGAAGAUUGCCAGAGAACGAGCAUGACUGUUAUUGACACAGAUAACACAGUAAAAGAACUUUCCCUUACAGAUACAGAUCCCUCAUUGACAUCCUUAGGGAAGAUUUUAAUGGAAUUAUUCUCUGAACAGAGAAUAGUGAUGGGUGAAUUUGAAAUCAGUGGUUUGUUGAAACCUCUCAGUGAUUCAGAGUCUAGAAUGAUAAACCCAUUACGUGACAUGUUAGAGUGUCAGGGUCAUGCAUUAUCCAUUGAUACAUUAGCGGAUGAGAAUAGUGAUGCCCUGCCAAUUGAGCUUGUGACAGCUCUGAACUCCCUGUCAAGAUGUGUAGUACAGCCUAUCACUCCUGGAUUGCCAAACAAGUGGCAGCUUAGCACUGAGGAAGAGCAGUUAAAUUCAGAACCCAGUAUUCCUCAGCUAGAUGAUGACUGUUCACAACUAACAAAUACAUUUGAGCCUCAGCUUCCUAUAGUUCAGGUGGAAGAAAUAAAAGCCAUAACAGGAUCUAAUUUGUAAAGGACAACAAGUGAGCAACUUGUGGGUGAUCAGCAGAGAGAGAAAGAAGUAGUUUCAGAUCAAUGGAAUGCCAACUCUCAUGAAAAGCCCACUGAGGAGAGAAGUUCACAUUCAGUGGAGACUGACUUGUGUGCAGGAACUACCAAAGCAACAUCAAGGAGAGCAAAGCAGUUAAGAGAGUCUUCUUCAAGAAAGUGUAGAGAUAGUGUUUCCGGUUGUGACCAAAUACUACAAGAAACUCAGCAGAGAAUAUCUCACAAUGGCAAUACAAUAAGAAACAAAGCUAAGGAUUUUGAAAAAAUUCAGAAGUCUACUUCUAAAGAAAAGCAGGAUCUAGAAACCAACAUAUGUCAAGGGAUGGUAACUCUCAAUGGGAAUGGAAAAGCUGAACAGACAAGGAGAAGCGAAAGAAUCAAAAAGAAAAUUAGACAAGAAGCCUCUAUUAGGAGUUCUGUAAAUCCUGUCUUCCCCAUUUCACUUUCAAGAAUCAAUAGAAAGAAUAUUUUUGGUGAGACCUUACUGCAUAAAGCUGUUGCUAAUGAAGAUAUAGACCUUGUAUGUAAUAUAAUAAAAGCUGGUGCAAAUGUAAAUGUUCAGGAUUAUGCUGGCUGGACAGCUCUACAUGAAGCAAGUGUGGAAGGCUUUUAUAGCAUAGCAAAUGAGCUUUUGAAAGCAGGAGCUGAUGUUAAUGCUAGAGGAAGUGAACAAAUAACACCAUUACAUGAUGCAGUUAAAGAAGGUCAUUAUAAGUUGGCAGAGUUAUUACUUUGGUAUGGAGCUGAUCCUUUAUUAAAAGAUGAGAUGGGGAGGUGCGCAAUAGAAGAAGCGUCUGACCAAUCUAUGAAGAAACUACUUAAAAGCUAUAUAGCAAAAUCCAGAAGAGAUUCAGAAGAGAUAUCAGCUGGAGAAGAUGCAGAGAAUAUGUUAAGUGCUCAAAGCUUAGAUGAUACAAACCUGCACCAGAUUUCUUUACAGAUAAAUGAGUCAGAAUCAGCAUGUGCAAAUGCUACUGAUUCAGACAGCAGAGAUAUAUUGCAACAGACUAUUACAAACGAGGUGCAAAAUAUUUAUACAAAUACAUCUGAAGAGGGAACCAAUUGUACUGAACAAGCACUUCAAACAAAUACAGAAACACUGUUACCACAUGAAGUUUUAGCAGCUACCAAUGGAGAAAGUGUUUCCAAAAGUCCCCUAAAACGUAGCAGUGGGGUGCUAAGCUCUGUUGAAGGUAAAGCUCAACCACCAGAGGAGGGAAGGAGAGUCCUGCUUAAUGCAGAAGAAAAUGCUAAAAGAUUUCUCACUGAGACAGCUGAAAAUGCUAGCAAUUCAGAGAUCAGGUCUACAGCUUUACAACUCCACGAAAAGGAAGCACUUCAGAGAAAGAGACAGAAUCUUCAGGAGACCAACCAAAAAACAGAUUUGCAUUUCAGUAUUAAUGCAGACAAGAAAUCUCUUUAUUAUUCUCAGAUAAUGCAAAAUACAGAGCAGGAAACCUCACAGAAAACAGAUGAAGGGAUGUUUGCUGAAAUAACUGGAACAGAAGGCACUGAAAAAAACAAAGAAGAAAGAAAUGCAAAGAGUGAUGUGCUCUCACAGUUUACUGAAACAGAAGCAAUCCAAACUAAGAGAGUAAAAUUAGACCCUCAGAAGACAAGCCAAAAGACAGAUUUGUGUUCCAGUAGCAGUAAAAGCAAGCUUUCAUUGAGUCAAUCACAAUUCAGUCAAGGAUCAAAACAGCAAACAUCUAAGAAAUCAGUUUUUAUUGUUCCUAAUGACAAUCCAAUAUGUUUAGAAACAUCCAAAAAAGAAGCUGCAGUUUUACAUGUCGCCUAUAAUACAAGAGCUUGGAUGAAGAAGAGAAAUGCAAAAGGAGAAAAUCAGCUGCAUAUUGCUGCUAAGAGAGGAGAUUUGUCUUUGGUGAAAACUCUGAUAUCAUCUGGAAUUUGUGUCAAUGAGAAGGACAACGCAGGCUGGACAGCAAUUCAUGAAGCUUCCAAUAGGGGAUUUACUGAAGUGAUCUUAGAGUUGCUGAAAGCUGGUGCUAAUAUUAACAGCAGAAGCCUGGAUGGUACUUUGCCAAUACAUGAUGCUGUUUCUGGCAACUAUUUGGAGGCAGUGAGAAUUCUACUACAGCAUGGAGCAAAUCCCCAUGAGAGGGAUGAUUCUGGCGAAAGUGCUUUGGAUAAAACUUGUGAUGAUGAAAUGAAAGAAUUGCUUAAGUCUUAUGGUGCUAUUGACUCUGGACUUUCUGUUAAAACUACUGGGGUUACAGAGAGGAAAUAUAAUCAACCUACUAGGUCAAGAAAAUCCAAACUUGUUUGUUAUGACUGCUGUAAAAAUGAUGAUGCAGCUUUGGUGCCACAACAUGAAAAUUACAGUGAAUCUGUUGCUGUCAUACAAGAUACAGUACAGAGGCAAAAAGAACUGUUGCUCCUUGAAUUGAGAACUUCCAAAGAUGCAGAUGCAUAUAUCCAAAAGCUGUCUCAGAUACAAGAUACUUUGAAUGAAAUGCUUGCAAAACAGAAAACUGAAAGGGAUGCCCUUGCUAAAAAAUACAGGGCUUCAGUGGAAUCUUUUAAAAAAGGAGCACUGAGGGAAAAAUUAGUUAAGCUUGCUUCUAGACAAAAGAGUCUGUUGACUGUAGCCCAGAACCAGAAGGAAUUAGUCCAGAAAAUACAAAAUUACAGAAAAGAAAAGCAAGUGUAUGCAACACAUGCAAAGAAACAAAUCUCAAACACAGUUAUUUGCUAUGGAAAUGGUAAAGGACAAGAUUUAACUGCUGAUAAAAUCAUGUGUCCUGAUGUAGUUACAUUUAGCACAGGGCCUAGUGCCAGCAUGCCUAAUGGAAACAGAGUAGAAGCACAUCUCUCUCUAGAAAAUAGAUUUUCAGCUCAGGAAUGCAGCCAACAUCCAAACAGCCGCUUGGAUAAGACAGGAGCAAAUAAAGAAGCAAUUAGAAGCAAAGAGUAUUCUGAUCAUGCUUUGGCAUCUGAAAACAGGAUAAGAGAAUAUCCUUUCAAUAACAUGUUAAAGUUGACAAAUGCUGUAGAAGUGGUAACAUUGCCUUCAGAACCUACAGUUUCCAUUACUGAAACAAAAUGCUUACAGCAAAAAGACAUUGAUUGUGUAGCGAUUGCAGAGCAAGGAAUCAAGUCUCUAAAUCCCACUUCAGUGACCAACACAUUAAAUAUUUCAGAAGCCCGAAGUGCUGUCAUCAGUAACAAUGUCUGUCAGCCGACCAGUGGUUGUGAGCAGGUUCUUACUGCUGAGGAUCUACACAGAUAUGUAAAUAAGAAAGACACUUUCCAGCAGCAGCAAGUGAUUGCAUCAACAUCCACAGAGAAUUUUCGUAAUGCUCCACAACAAAUGAUCAUUCAGAGUAGUGUUGAAACAUUUAAUGCCAACUCAGUGCUUACAAGUCUGGUCUCAAAUACAGAUUGUCCAAUAAACCUCAACCAGAAAUCUUCUUCCCAGAGCUGUAAUAGUCAGGAUUAUGAACGAAAACAAUUGAAGUACAGACGAAAUAAUAGGAAAAAACUUCAGUUGAUAGAUCUACUUCAAUUGGGAAGGAUUAAGCCAGGAGAAAAUGUUUUAGAAUUCAAACUUCAGGAAUUCAGUCAUAAAGCCACACUCUUGGAGAAUGGCAAGAUUAAAACCAGUAACAGAAGAAUACUUCAGAAUCCAGUUCAGUGGGUUAAAGAACUACUAGGAAGUGAUAUUUCAGUGACCUGGAAGUAUGUAUGGAAUAAGGUUACAUAUCUUGGGAUACAGUUGUCAAAAUUUCUUGUUGAAGAAGUGUCUAUUUCUAAUGACCUGGAAUUACCAUCACAACAAAGAGAGCCUGUGGGCUCUUCUGUCCAGUUCAACUCAUUAGAAAAUACGAUACAAUUUCUUCUAUUCAAUGAGAUAGUAAUAGUGCAUAAAGAUGAGUUUCUACCAUGUCAUAUAAUGGAAAAACAUUGGAAUUUCUACAAAGAAUGUGAAGAUUUUGGAUUUUAA